UGCAAAGGUAAGUGGAACAUUGAGGCAGAAGCAAAGUUCGAGACCAGCGGCGGGAUGAGCCGCAGUCGACAGGAACGCAACCCGCCUUGGAUCAAUUGCUAACAGUACCCGGCUGUUGUCUUUCCUGGCAGCAGGUGUUCGCAGUUUCGCACGUGCUCCUCUCGACCGACGCCCCCCCGAGACCCCCUAUUGUUGGAAUCCGGAUCGUGCCGAAUUCCUGCUGUGCCACUCAGCCGCCCCAGCAGCAGCCAUGUCUGGUCUCGACGCCCCCGAUAUCGUGGCCGCGUACGACGACGUGCGCAACGACAAGAAGGACACCAACUGGAUGCUCCUGUCGUACGCGGCGCCGGUGGGCAACAAGCUGACGCUGACGCAGACGGGCAGCGGCGGGCUCGAGGAGCUGGUGCAGGCACUGGACGACGGGCAGGUGCAGUACGGCUACGUGCGCAUCGAGUACGCAAACGACAAGGAGAGCACGCGCGUCAAGUUUGUGCUGGCGGUGUGGAUCGGCAAGAACACAAAGGUGAUGCGCAAGGCGCGCGUCAGCGUCGAGAGCGGCGACGUCAAGAAGGCGCUGCAGCACCACCACCUGGCGAUUACGGCGGAGGAGAGGUCGGAGCUGAGGGAGGACGACCUUGUGAAGCUGUUGCGGAAGUCUGGCGGUGCCGAUUACAACGGUGGACGGGGUUAAU